UCCGCACAGCGCCGGCAGCCGCCAAGCGAGGCAGGCAGGCGGGCGGGCGGGCGAGCUGGGGGCCGCCGCCGCCGCCUCUCCGAGCAGCCGCCCGAUCCCCGGAGCCAGCGCCGCCUGCCAGAGCCGGAGAGGCUGCGGCCGGGAGGCAGCCCAGGGCGGCGGGGGCCGGUCCGGACGGCUGCUCCCUCACCGGCGCGGGACCCCUUUCGGAGCCAGCCUCGGCGGAGCCUUGCAGGGCCGAGCGAGGCGGGGAGGGCGCGGGGGCUGCCCUCGCCAGAUGGCCCGCCGGAGGGCCGAGCGGCGGAGGCGGCGGCGGCGGCGGCUGCAGUAGCCGCGAGCACCGGGGAGCCCACCAGCCAGCACUGCCGCAGCCGUCGAGGAAGGUCGCCGCCGCCGCCGCUCCCGCCGCGACUGAGAGGCAGCGCCUGAAGCGGCCGCGCAGAUGCCCCGUCCCGCCGCACCGGGGCUCCUGGCGGGGCGGGCGGGCGGCGGCGGAGGGCGCGAGGGCAGCGGCCGGUGAAGGAGCAGCGCGCGGUGGGCAGCGCCACGAACCAAAGAGCCGCGAGGGAAGCGGCGCUUGGCCGUUGCUGCGCUCCGCUGUCGGGCCAGGGAGGAAGGCUGCUGGCCCGGGGAGCCGCCGAGGCAGCCAUCCGACGAACCGGACCCGCCGCCCGCUGGGCCGCUCGGCUCUCGCCGGGACUCGGAACGCUCCACUCGGGCGCCGCUUGUGGAUUACCCGCCGCCGCUUCUUGGAGAGUUCCCUCGCCUGACCAGCGGUCUCCGGACGGCAUCGCAGAGAAUCAGGCAGCCAGGAUGCCCGACUCGCCGGCUGACGUGAAGACGCAGUCCCGCUCCACACCCCCGAACAUGCCCCCACCGUCACCAGCGGUCUCCCAGGGAGCCACGCGGCACCCCACCUUCACCUCAAACCCCAAUCGUGACGCUGGGCCGCCGAUGUUUCUCCCUCGGGGCCGAUUUCAUGGUUGCCUGAAAUGGUCCAUGGUGUGUCUCUUAAUGAAUGGGAGCAGUCAUUCCCCGACGGCCAUCAACGGAGCACCCUCCACGCCCAACGGCUUCAGCAACGGGCCGGCCACCUCCUCCACUGCUUCCCUCUCCACCCACCAGCUUCCUCCGGCCUGCGGGGCCCGCCAGCUCAGCAAGCUGAAACGUUUCCUCACCACCCUGCAGCAGUUCGGCAGCGACAUCUCUCCGGAGAUCGGGGAGCGGGUGCGCACUCUGGUGCUGGGCCUCGUGAAUUCCACACUGACCAUUGAGGAAUUCCAUGCGAAGCUCCAGGAGGCCACAAACUUCCCCCUGCGGCCUUUCGUCAUCCCGUUCUUGAAGGCCAACCUGCCCCUGCUGCAGCGGGAGCUUCUCCACUGCGCCCGCAUGGCCAAGCAGAGCCCGGCCCAGUACUUGGCGCAACACGAGCAGCUCCUGCUGGAUGCCAACGCCUCCUCGCCCAUCGACUCCUCGGAGCUGCUGCUGGAGGUCAACGAAGGGGUCAAAAGGCGGACGCCAGACAGGACCAAAGAGAAUGGCUUGGACCGCGACUCCCUGCAUCCCGAGCACCUCAGCAAGAGGCCUUGCACCCUGAGCCCUGCCCAGCGGUACAGCCCUAACAAUGGGCUCAGCCACCAGCCCAAUGGGCUGCCCCACCCCACCCCGCCUCCCCCCCAGCACUACCGCCUCGAGGACAUGGCUGUGGCCCACCGCUACCGGGACACCUACCGCCCUCCGGAUCCUCGGGACCUUCGGGAGCAUCCCCGGCCAGCAGCCGUCCACAGCUCCCGGCAGGAGGAGGUGAUUGACCAUCGGCUGACGGAGAGAGAAUGGGCCGAGGAGUGGAAGCACCUCAACAAUCUCCUGAACUGCAUUAUGGACAUGGUGGAGAAGACACGGCGGUCCCUCACCGUCCUGCGUCGCUGCCAGGAGGCUGACCGCGAAGAGCUCAACCACUGGAUCCGCCGCUACAGCGACGCGGAAGACAUGAAGAAGGGGCCGAGCCCCGCCAGCCGCCCCCUCAACAGCACCGCCAACCUGGAGGCGCCACUGCUAGAUGCUCAUCGUGAAUUUGUAUCCAGGCCCCUGUCUGGCUACAUGCCGGAAGAAAUCUGGAGAAAAGCUGAGGAAGCCGUGAACGAGGUGAAGCGCCAGGCCAUGUCGGAGCUGCAGAAGGCCGUCUCGGACGCGGAGAGGAAGGCGCACGAGCUGAUCACGACGGAGCGGGCCAAGAUGGAGAGGGCCCUGGCCGAAGCCAAGCGCCAAGCCUCCGAGGAUGCUUUGACUGUCAUUAACCAACAAGAGGACUCCAGUGAGAGCUGCUGGAACUGCGGGCGGAAGGCCAGCGAGACCUGCAGCGGAUGCAACACUGCACGUUACUGCGGCUCCUUCUGCCAGCACAAAGAUUGGGAGAAGCACCACCACGUCUGUGGACAGACCCUGCAGGGCCUCCAGUCUUCCGUAGGGGCGGGCUCUUCCGGCCCGGUUGGGCUGCCCGGACCUCCCGCCCAGCCAGACGGGGUGGCUGUGACCAGCUCCAUCCCCAGCGUGGCCCUGGGAAGCAGCUCGAGCGACCCGGGCUCUGCCACCGUCUCGCGUUCUGGCACACCGGCAACCCCAGCCCCGUUGGACACCACGUCCCGCUAGGCGAGAGACCAAAAGGGAAGGGAAGCAUCACUGCUGCUGCUACCACUGCUCCCCAAACGGGGAAGACAAAGACAGAAAGAGAAAACUGCAUCCAAUGCAAAUCCUCAGCUACCUGACACGUGUUUGACCUCCAGAGCAACCUCUCACCCUACGACAGAAUCCUCACGGAUCCUCAGACCUGGCUUGAAAUGGAGCUAACGGCAAGCGCCGAGCCUCCUCCGUUCUUCGAAGACGGUGAUGACGAUGGGAGACUCAAUGUCCGACCCACAGGAGGUGGGGGAAUUGAAGGUGGUGGUGGUUGUUUUUCUUUCCUUUUUCUCCUCCUCCUCCUCCUCCUCCUCCUCCUCCUCUUCCUCAGAUGAGGCAUCGGCAGGUCUCCCCCACCUCUUGAGUUGCGGGCAGGGAAGGGAAGGCUCCCUCUCCCUCCUGCGAGAGACGCGUUCAUGCAAAUGAAAAGAACGGAAGCCCCUUCUUUCUGAAAGAGGAAAGCGGGCAGAAGAAGGCGGGGAAAAUGGAUUUCAGUUACAAAAAGCAAGCCUUUUUUUUUUUCCCCUUUUUGUAAAAAAAUAAAAAUAGACAAUAAAAACAUCAAACUCUUUUGGCUUUAAGUAAAACAGAAAGAAAGAAAAAAAAAUCCAAAAAUUACCCACAGAACCAAGUAAAGGAAGCUUACCUGUAAACUACCUUGCUAGUUAGCCAAGAAAUGCCAUUUUCACCUCUGCUCCAAAGGAAAUCCAAAAGAAAGAAAGAAUCCAAACUUUUUUCCACUGCCAAAGUUUCUCUCCCUUCCUCCCCCCUCAACCCCUUUUCUUCCUCCGACUGACUGCUUCCUCUUCCUCCUCAGUCCGGAGGAGGCUUUAUUUAUUAGGUUUUUGUGAACAGAGGAGAACCCCCCCCCCCCCAAUCAUCUUCCUGCAAACUUUCUACCCACCGGCUGGCAGAGGCUGCGGCUGCCGCGGCUGGUGGCUCCUUGGUGUUCCUGGAGUGGGGAGGGGGGGACCUUGGCCUGUUCUGAUGUCACCCUGGAGGAGGACAGACGUGCAAUUGUGGCAUUCAGAGAAAUUUUGGUAGAAUAAAGCAAAAAACAAAACCGAGUAUCCACCCCUUUUGUGUGUGUGAGGAGGUGUGCUUGUGUGUGUGUAUAUGUGUGACAGAGAGAGAAAGCGUCUGGCGGAAAUGAUCCCAUGAACUCCCUCGCUUGGUGGAUUAUAAAAACUCCUUGUGCUUUUUUUAUAUAUAUAUAUCUAUACAGUAUAUAUCAAAACCUGUUGUGUUGAAGAGCCACCACACAGCCCGUUCCAGAGAGACAUGUGCAAUUCCCCCUUGCCUGCCCGCCCGCCUGCCCUCGACUAGUUUGGUUCCUGGGCAGAAAAAUCUCUCCUUUUCACCUGGAUUUUUUCACCUCUAUCGCCCCUCCCCACCUCUCUGCUCUCCAGAAUCCACCCAUCUUCCCAGGUUGAUUUUUUGCAGUUUCCUUCUAGAUUUCUGCCCGAAGAACAGACAAGCAUCUCUCUUUUCUUCUCCUCUUCUUAAGACCAGGUGGGCCAAGAGUCCCCCUGCCCUCAGUCCGUCUUCAUUGGCCCUUCUCCCUAAUCUCGCACUGGGUCUCCCAGAUUGGUCCCCUCCCUCCUUCCCUCCCUCCCUCCUGCAGCUCCUGCAGCCUUUGGUCUUCCGUUCUGGAUUUGGUCUUGUCAUUCUGGGUUCAUCCUGCUUUUUUUCUGGAGGAAACCAACAGGUGUUUGCCCGGGGAGGAGGGGGUGGAAGGGGAGGAGGAAACCGUGGGCUCCAAUGGUCAUAUUCUUUGGAUCGCUGUAGCAAGCACUGAGGACGGGAGUGCAAUAGGGGGGAGGGGGGGAGGGCAUGGCUGCAGGGUGGGGGGGGGGACCCCUUACAGAUGGCCCAGCCAGGGGUGCAGGGCAGAAAUGUACUUUUAAUGUGUAUGUAAAUAGUCUUUGCAAAAAGUUUCCAAAAAUAUUGGCUAAUAACCGGUGACGAUGAGGUUUUGAGAGACGUUUUGCCAAAUAACGGAACCGGGCAACCACUAAAGUAUGUGUCAGGUGGGGAAGUGGGAUUUUUCCACGAAAGACCCCCCUGCUGUGCUCAUGAGGUUGUCUAGAACAGUGUUUCUCAACCUUGUCAACUUGAAGAUGUCUGGACUUCAACUCCCAGAAUUCCAGACAUCUUCAAGUUGACAAGGUUGAGAAACACUGGUCUAGAAGAGCAGAACUCAGGAGUUUUUCUCAAGGGAUCUUUUUGAUCCCCCCCCCAUUAAACAGCCUCCUCCCCUUCCAGUUGCUUGGCCUGCAGGGCUCUUGGAGGGCUUUCUGGCUGGGGAGCAUGGGGGUUGUAGUCCAACACCUCCAGAGGUCAUCAAAAUGGGGUGGUGCUGCAUUACUCCAGCCACUGCCUGUGGAGCUGGUGUCCCUCCAUGGUCCUUCUUGCCUUCACCUUAUGUCGCUCCUCACUUCUGACUGGCCCUUCACAUCAACCCCGGGUCUUCUCCGGCCUGGGAAAGAAUCAGGCAGGAAAGAGACCGAGGUCUCCGGAGUAUCGCAGGGUUUUCUCUGUCAUAUCCCCAGUUGAGAGCGUUCCUUCCGGGUCAUUCUGUCCUCUCCAAAGUCAAGCAUCUCCACACCUCUUCUUCCCCUCUGGCCUCACAUGGAGGAGGCAUUUCUUUGGAUGGUUAUUAUUGCAAGGGGCUCAUCUCUCUCAGUUGGACGGAGUUGCCUAGUGUGGAUUAUGGGUUCGCUUUCAACUGCCGUGGCUUGGACUUCUGAAGCCCUGGAGUCCUGGUCCUGUGCUGGCUGAGAUCUUGAUGUUCCACCAGGCGAUGGGUAAAGGAGAGAGGAGGUUAUGGGCAUCCUGGGCUGGCUGGUCAGUCUCUUGCGUGGCAUGCUAGCAGUCUUUUUUUCUGGGCAGUGGCUGUGUGGUCGUCUCCCAUUCUCUUUUGGACUCACCCAAAGACAGGCAGGAAUCCUUGGGAACUUACAGUAUAACCAAGAGAUAAAUAAGUUUUCGUGCAAAUCAAAAGCAAAUGGGGAAGAGAAGGGAAUGUCUCUGGCAGAGUCUCAAAUAAGUCUCCCAAUUCUUAGAGCUAUGUUAUAAAAUGUUAUUGCCUAGAUUUCACUCGACGGCCUGAACUGGCGACCGAUGUAGCGGUGGCAGUUGAAUUAAGUGUCAAUGAAUUCGGAGGGAUCUAAUCUGAGCCAGGAGGUUUUGGUCUGCAGCCUAGGAAAGCCUUUAACCCCAUCAGCAAACUCUUCCUUGUGAACGAAGCCAGUUGCAAAGCAGAGCCACCUUUUUAGAAGGAAAAGGCCACUUUGCAAAUGUGGGAAAUCGCACAUCCUUUUGGGCUGGCUCAGAUCAACUUCACGCAGCUAUUUCCAACUUGACUUUUCCCAGGGAUUUUGACAGGCUGUUGAAUCCAUCUGUGAGCUGCGCUCUGCGUCGCUCCUGAGAAUCUCUGAAAAAAAACCAGCCAAACUAGGCAAGGGAAUCCUUUUCCUCAUAUUGCAAUUUUGGUUGGGAUUAUUUGUGAGGAUCCACGGGAAGCCGCUGGUACUGAAUGUGCCACAUGGAAAAAAAAAACAAGUCUGAUGCACAUAUAGGUUGCUCUUAUCUUCUCGAGCAAUAAUUUCAUGGUUUUCCUGUAGAUCGAAGGACUCAUCACUUCUUUAGCUGGUUGAGGAUUCUUGCCCCGUCCUUCUUUCCUUCCUUCUUUCUACAGCAGGGAAUUCCUCCGUAUAAUGGAAGUUCCCAACUCUUGAGACAGAGAUCUCGCCUUUCCAUGCUCACUCGGUUGGCGAUGCCCUUGAAUUCCCUUCUUGGCAGCUCUCCUUCUCUUAAUCCUUCUCUGCUAGGAAUAUUGUCUUUUGUCCUGGGAAGAGGCUGGCUUGACUGCAGAAGAUGGGGUGACCUCAGUCUUCUCCUCCUCCCUGGGGACAACAGGGCCACUGUGUUUUGUGGGCUUAAUUUACAGGUUGGUACAAUUGCAGGAAGGAGCAAUCAGGGGAGGCCGGCAUUCUUCAACCCCUGCUGAUCCUGAGUGAUCGGCUCCCUUUACCUGCAGAGGGAGGAAAUGGGGCUCAUCAGUUGGGUCUCCAGGGCCAAGGGGACCAGGGGGAUACCACCAGCACAAUGGCUUCCUUGUGUGAGAACACGAUGUGGGAAGAGUAUGCUGGUUCGUCCUGAAAGGAGGAUCUUUUCCAGAGGCCUGUGGGAGCGGACUGAGGUCACCCCCCCCUCCCCAUUUUCUUGGAAACAGAUGCUCUUCCCAUGUGAGGCCCUGCAGAACGGCCAGCACGGCUGUGUCAUUGGGACCAGAUGGGCCCUCCUGUCUCUCAGGACAGAACCUUUGCUCAGAGAGCAGAACAGCAGGAAAAAAGGAGCACAGAGCAGCUGGCGGAAAAAUAAUCCCAGCUCCAACCUAGCUUUACAGACUUUGCUGAACCUCAUCAGCUGGAAACCAAUCCAUCGCCCAUCCUCACGUAGUCUUCCACCCCCCCCUCCUCCCCGGAGCUCUGGUUCAGGAUCAAGGGGUGGGGAACGGGACCCCAAACCUCCUCUGUGGCUCCCACUCACUUCCUCAGAGAUCUUCUGGAUGGGGAACCAAAGCACUCCUCCUUCCUUUGAGUUUCAAGCCGGCUGGCCCUCUUCCUGGCAGGAAAGCACGGCUGGAUUCGGCCCAUUCCAGGGUCUUGUCCCAGGGCCUCGAGCAUCUCUGCCAAAAGACUCAGAAGCUGCCAGGCAUAGGGCAGAAACGAACGCCCCCCCCCCCGUCCUCCCCCGGGUGGAGGAGGAGGAGAAGCACUGUUCUCAGGGUGCCCAGCACGCAAAUGGCGCGUUGACCCGUGCAAUACUUAAAGCAAAGGGUUUGGGGACGAGGAGGGAGAUCGCUUGUACCGAGCAAGAUGGGAGCGUGUGUGAAUGCUUGUAAAGAUGUGUCAAGAGAAGAAAAAUCAUAGAAAUCUAAGCAAAUCCAAUAAAAAGCAAAAGAGAACCCAGGUCCCCUCCCCCCGCCUCCUCCCCCCCCCCCGGCGUUUAGGGGUUUCUGUGGCCAUUCCAGAGAAAUGACUAAGUGGUAGAAGGGUUGAGGUUUGGGGAGCCCUUCUCUUGGCAUGCUCUCCUCCCCCCCCCCACUUUCCCUUGUGGUUUCCUGCUUUCUCUAAAUGUACUGUAUGUUUGACCCGUGGAAGAUGUAAACUUUUAUGAUUCAGGUUAUGUCUGUUCUUAACUCUGUAUCUGUGUAAUAAAGAUGGUUUAAUAUCA